AUGGGUAGUGACAUUAUGAACCCGCUUUUCACUCAAGAAGAUAACGGAUCUCUUUCGAGAUCGUAUUUGAUUCCAGAAUGUGGCAAAAGUUUUGUUCAUGAUGAUAUUAAUUCUAUGGGAAAGUACCCUUACGUUGCGAGGAUUGGAUUUAAAAGUGAUACAGGAGAAAUGAAGUAUCCUUGUAGUGGAGCAAUUUUAAGCGAACACACAGUAUUAACUACCGCGAGUUGCGCUCUUGCAAAGACUAGUAAUUAUAAACUGGAUUCUGUGCUUGUUGGUAAGUUCAAUGCCGAGACUGACCCUGAUUGCAAUAUACAGAAAAUUAAUAUAUCAUAUGUAAUAAAACAUCCUCAUUAUCAAGCUGAUACUUUUGCGAAUAACAUAGCCAUGUUGCGUUUGAAGGAACCGAUAAAGUAUACAGUAACGGCGCAACCUGUAUGCCUUCCACCGAGAGAUAAAUAUGUGAACGUAGGUGUGAGUUCUACUCUUGUUGGGUGGGGAAAAUUGGCAAGUCAAAAGGUGAAAACUUGCAAUCAACAAUCUGUGAAAAUGAGAAUUCUACCAAGUGAAGAAUGUAUGAAUUUCUAUAACCAACGGACGGCUGCUGAAUUAUGUGCGAUAGGAGAUGAAAUGCCAUGUUCAGGAUACAAUGGAAGUCCUCUUUUAUUUACACAUGGCGAUACGAAUUUUUUGUUAGGCAUUCUGUCUUAUGGUUCCGACUGCAGCAUAAGCACCAACUUCCUAUCAGUCUUUAUCAAUGUACAGAGAUACAUCAGAUGGAUUCUAGAAAACUGUUAG